UUGCAGGUUGAGCGAGUGUUCCUACCAAAACCAUGCCGCGGUUUUGCAUAUGUCUCGUUGAAUGAUCCGAAAGUGGUGAAGCGUCUUUGUCAAAUCCGUGACUUUGUGUGCGCCGGGAAGAGUAUUUAUGUGAGUGUACCGCGUCCGAAGCGACAGGAUCUGGAACCGCCGAUGCGUAUGAGAGAAGCAUCACGAGAUUAUCGCUCACAUCCGUAUCGACAUUCGUCCUAUGGCGGCGGCGGCGGCGGCCGUUGGGAUGACGAACCUCGUGGGCCUCGUAAAAGCAGCUAUUACAACGAUGAUCCAUAUUCCAGUCGAGGUCACGGUAUGUAUGACGAUUACUCGGGUGGUGGCUACGGAGGUGGCGGCCGUUCCGGGGAUCCGUAUUCGAGUCGAUCUGGAGAUAUGUACUCGAGCCGUUCCGGCGACAUGUAUUCGAGUCGUUCCGGAGAUAUGUACUCGGGCGGUGGAUACAACUCAGGCUCUGCUUAUGGCUCGAGCAACGCUUCCAGAAGCUGGCGAUGA